CCCUAGACUAUAUUAAGCCAGUCAAAGGAACUGAAAGAAGCAAGGGAGUGGGGAUAAAAUGAAAGAUGAUUGCCAAAGUAAAAGGCCUUGCACAAGCUGCAAACAAGUGAAAACAUCUUCAGAAUGCUGUUAUCAUAGGAACUCACAGGCUGGUCUCCAUCCAGACAACUUGCCGGAAUACCUCAGGAAAAUAGUCAGACACAAAGCAGAGGCUAAGCAGGACAUUAACUGUGUGGAUGUGUGCACAAAGGGAUCUGAAAGCAACCCUGAGCCGCAAAACAAGAAUUUCUACCGUGCUGCAUCAACAGAUUGAUGGUGGCUUUUAUCUACUUACGCUUUUCACAGCUCGUAUCCCAUCUGUGUGAAUUCCACAUGUUUACUCCAGGGCCAAAGAAACUUUCGCCUGAAUUUGCUGAAGCAAAUUGACUUCCAGGACCCGCAUAAGUCGAGAGAAAUCUUCCUCAGACCCUGCUGCACAUUGACAGUGAAUAACAUGAAUGUCAGUUUGUGAAGAACUGCGGGAAUUUCAAGGUCUUAUUACUGAUGCUUAAUUCUGAUGUGAUGAAGCAACGCUGGAUAGACUCUACCUUCCUCCUGCAAUUGGUUCUUUGGAGGUGCAUCGCAACCUCUUUUGUUCAAGUGAAUCAUGAUAUUACAGUUCCCAAGGGCCUGUCUGUGUUCCUGUCAGAGAAGAACCUGGUGUUCAACAUCCCGAAGGAUAAGGACAGCUGCAAGGUGGAAGUGGUGAUGAAUGAACCAAUAACACAGCGGGUUGGGAAGCUUACCCCUCAGGUUUUUGAUUGUCAUUUCCUACCCAACGAAGUUAAAUAUUCACAUAAUGGAUGUCCAAUUCUGGAUGAAGAUCAAGUCAUGCUCAGAGCUUACAGGUUUACAGAGAAUGAAACUUUUACAGAAGCAUUCACCCUCCAUGUCCGGUUGCUUGACUCCGACUGUAACAUUGUCCAAGUGGGUGCAACAGCAUUGGAAGUCCACGAAUUUUAUGGUGUAUCCAAUCUAGUCGACAGAAAUGUACUUUCAUUUGACUUUGAUCAGUCUUCGAAUCUGGACUGUAUGGUGCGUGUGGCGACUCAAGAGACGUUUCUCCCAGCACAUGGACGUCUCGUCAUGGGGAAACUCUCCAUGGACCAGGCACGUGGUGACAAUCCACACAAAUCAAAGUGGAAUCUAGAAACGAACCAGGAAGAUUUAAAGGAGCUGCACACUUUUAAAGUAAGCUGUGAUGAGUUUCUUACAAUGGGCCUUCGCUACCAUCAUCUCAGGCCCCCUUCUCCUGAUGUUGACUACAUCGCCAUAAGAUUGGAACUGAUCGACCGCAGAAGCAAAAAUGUGCACAAGACAGAGAAUGCCUGGAUUCCAGUCAGAAUCACAAAUGCCUUUCCCAAUCAGUCUCCUAAAGUGAGUUUUAUGGCGAUGUUCAUCCUGGAUGUAGAUCAAUUCAUUCUGACCUCCAUGACCACAGGGAUCCUGGAUGGAGAAGACAGCGAGACGCCAAAAUCCCAGCUUGUGUUCAAUGUCACCAAACCGCCUCAGGAGGGCUACAUCACUCAUUUAUCUGACCACACCAAAUCAAUCACAUCAUUCACUUGGGUUGACCUGCAUGACUUGCUGGUCGCCUUUCAGCCACCAAACAGCAGUCAUACUGAAAGAAGGAACUAUGAGGUCGAAUUUGAAGUUCACGAUUUCUACUUCAGGAACAGUGCACCAGUCACGGUACACAUUUCAGUGAGGACAGCUGAUACCAAUGCUCCCAGAGUUUCCUGGAACAUGGGACUUGAUCUAUUGGAAGGCCAGUCUCGACCUAUCACCUGGGAACAGUUUCAAGUCGUGGACAAUGACGACAUCACUGCAGUUCGUUUGGUUACGGUGGCCGGCUUACAACAUGGACGGUUAACAGUAAGAGGUGGAAAAGGCUUCAUGUUUACAGUCAAUGACAUCAAAGCAGGUGUUGUCCGCUAUCAUCAUGAUGACAGUGACACUGCAAAUGAUUUCAUUGUAUUCAGAAUUUUUGAUGGUCUUCAUAGCACCCGACACAAAUUCCCUAUCAAGAUCUUACCCAAAGAUGACAGUCCUCCAUUCCUUAUCAACAAUGUAAUCUUUGAACUGUGCGAGGACCACGAAAUGCUGAUUGAGAAGUUUAUGCUUCAAGCAUCAGACAUGGACUCAAGUGAUGACUACGUCUUGUUCAAAAUCAUCAAAACUCCACAAGCUGGAGAGAUCAUUAAAAGAACAGCUCCUGGUCUGACAGGCUAUCCUAUCAACAGUUUCCUUCAGAGAGACCUCUUCAAUGGGGCAAUCUACUAUCGUCACUUGGGAGGAGAAAUGUUUGAAGAUUCCUUUGAGUUUAUUCUGCUUGACAGUCAUGACCCUCCAAACCUUUCAGAAACUCAGACUGUAAUUGUUCACAUCACCCCUGUGGAUGAUCAGCUUCCCAAGGAAGCACCUGGAGUUGUCCGCCAGCUCGUCGUUAAAGAGACCGAGAUGGCUCAUCUGACGAAGAACCAGCUGCACUUCACAGACACCGAGUCUCCAAACGGGCAAAUUGUAUAUACAAUCACAACUCCACCCUUCUUUACUUCAGUAUCUCGGCUGCUUGAUGCUGGGAAACUACUACUGACUGACAGCAUGAAGAAACUGAUUAAAGAGUCCAGUGCCCCAAUGCUCAGGUCAUUUACACAGGAUGCCGUGAACCACCUGAGAGUGGCCUACAUGCCUCCUCUGCAGGAUAUAGGGCCCUACCCACACCAGCUGCAGUUUCAUUUCUCAGUCAGUAACCAACAUGGUGGCACGUUAGUUGGCCUCUGCUUCAACAUCACGGUUCUCCCGGUCAACAAUCAAGCUCCUGAGAUAUACACAAAUCAAUUGACUGUCAAAGAAGGAGGAGUGGGCCAAAUUACCAUGGAUCAUCUGCUGGUAACUGAUGUUGACACACUGGAGGAUUACAUCAAGGUUGUGCUGCAGAAGAAACCAGUGCACGGAGAAGUAGAAGUGAAUGGAAUUCCGAUGAUUGAAGGCAACAUGUUCACUCUAGCAGAUCUCAAGAAACUCAGAGUUAGGUACCGGCAUGAUGACUCUGAGACAAUCUACGAUGAAGUCACCUUUUUAGCCACUGAUGAUUCAAAUUCAGCUGAAAAUGUCCUGGAGAUCAAGGUGACACCAGUGAAUGAUGAACCUCCGGCACUGAAGUCUGGUUUGAACCCCAUGCUCUACUGCCUUGAAGGGGGAGAAGUUGUCAUUUCGACAGAAAAUCUCCAUGCCACUGACAUUGACAGCAAUGAUGAGAAGCUGUUGUUUAUAAUUGCAAGGCAACCAUUACACGGGGUGGUACAGAAGCGCAACCAGAUUGCUGAUCACUUUACUCAGGCAGAAGUUAUUGCUGGAGUAGUGAAGUAUAUACACACAGGUGGUGAGGUGGGUUUAGCACCCUGCUUUGACACCAUGACGUUUGUCGUCUCUGAUUGGGAUGCAGGCACGCUUGGACACUGCUGCAAUGAAGAACCACUUGUUCCUCCAUUACCUCUGCACGAUUCUCUCCCUGUCUACGAUCUCAACAUCUCUGUCAUGCCCAUCGACAACCAACCACCAAAAAUUACUAUUGGUGAACUAUUUGUUGUUGAUGAGGGGUUUUCAGCUGCCAUCACUGUCGACCACUUGUGCGCUAGCGAUCCAGAUACUGCAGAUGAUGAACUGUCUUUCAUCCUGUGGUCCCCACCUAUGUUUGGUUACAUAGAGAACACAUUACCAUCGCCAGGGCACGAGAAGAGCAACAUGGGCAUCAGUAUAGGUUCAUUUGACCUAACGCACAUAAAAGAGUUGCACAUAAACUAUGUUCAGUCACGACAUCAACGGAUUGAACCAACAGCGGAUCAGUUCCUUCUGUAUGUUACCGAUGGGAAGCAUCGGUCCAUGGAAGUUCCAUUUUAUGUCAUAAUCCGACCUAUAAAUGAUGAAACACCAAGUUUCCUGGCCAGGAAUAUCACUGUGUCUGAAGGCCAAAUGUGUGAAUUAGAUCCAUCGAUAAUAAAUGUGGUGGACCUCGAUGUGCCUGCGGACAGCCUCACCUUCACUGUGAGCCAGCAACCGCGCCAUGGGAUGAUCAGAAGUGGGAUGCACGGGAAUGACGUUGUUCUUUACAAGCGACCGCCCCUCAAUGAUCAGGAGCUCCCUGUGCAUGACUUCACCAUGGAUCAGCUGAUGCAUGGCUUGAAGCUGAUGUAUGUGCACGAUGACUCUGAAAGCACGGCUGACAAAUUCACUGUUCAGUUGUCUGAUGGAAAGCAUAAGGUCCGCAAAGUAAUUUCAGUCCAGGUUCUUCCAGUGAAUGACGAGCGGCCAUUUUUGAGCAGAAACAAUGGACUGGAGGUAGAAAUGGGCGAUAUCAGAAUAAUCUCCAGCAUAGCAUUGGAGGCUGAAGAUAAAGAUACUCCAAAGCAGCACCUUUAUUAUGUGAUGGACAGUGUCCCCAAACACGGAGUGCUCCAGCUCAAGGAAAGCAUGGAGUGGCAAGGCCUGUACCCUGGCAUGAACUGCAGUCAGGAAGACAUUGACAUGAACCGACUGAGAUAUGUGCACACAGGAGCGAUUGGCACAAAGGGCCAAGACCGCUUUCAUUUCCACCUCAUGGAUGGCGAGAACACAUCGCCACAGCAACAUUUCCACAUCUCCAUUCGAAACAUUGAAAAGGGUGAAAUUGCAGUUUUAACAAAACCACUCACCAUUGUCAAGGGGGACCGAGGUAUUUUGACUACAGCUGUUCUUCUUGCUUCCGAUGGCACGAGCAAAUCUGAGGAGCUGCUUUAUAUCAUUAUAAUCCCACCAAAUUAUGGACAAAUAGAAUAUGUCAACUACCCUGGAGUAGCAAUAACCAGCUUUAGUCAGAUGGAUGUAGCAGCUCAGACAGUUUCUUACACUCACAGGAGCAAGGCUGUGACCAUCAGAGACUCACUGAGAUUCAUUGUCAGCAACGGGCUGUCCACAAGAAACGGAACUCUAGAUAUCGUCAUUGAAAAUACGGAUCGCCUGCUCCCCGAGCUGUCCAAAAACAAAGGGAUCAGAUUGGUGGAAGGUUCCAUGAUGUCCAUUUCGCCGGAUGUGUUACAAUUAUCCGACGCUGACUCUCCACCACAGAAUCUCACGUACAUCGUUACUCAACACCCUCAGUAUGGACAACUGUACUGUAAAGGGGCAGCUCUUCACCAACAUAACUUCACGCAGUUGGAUGUCAACAACAUGGAUGUCGCUUACAAACACAAUGGAGGAGAUUCGCAGAUUGACAAGUUUAUGUUUGUUGCCACUGAUCUAACUAAUCGUGGCUUUCUGAUUGAUGGGAAAUUGCAAAAUGAUCCAAUUGUCUUCACAAUUGAGGUGGACCAUGUGGACAAGGAUGCUCCAAAAAUAGUUUACCUACAGUGUCCUUCAAAUGUCAAAGUCUUCAAAAAUGGUCAAUAUGGAAUCUACAUUUCCUUUCGAGAAUUGAAAGCAUCAGACAUGGACAGCAAGGAUGAGGAGCUAAUUUUUCACAUUCUACGUCUUCCACACUUUGGUUACCUGGAAAAUGUCACCACUGGAGGAUUCAUUCACGAUAAUUUCACACAGCAAGACCUGAACAGCAAGACCAUCAUUUACAUUAUCGCCCCCUCCUCAGAAGUGACGUCAGAUAGUCUGGAGUUCCUGGUUUCAGAUCCCACAGGAAAUUCAGCUGCCCCUCAAACGCUUGAAUUCAAAUGGUCUCGUAUAGAAAUGCUAGUUUCAGAGUACCAGGUGUGCGAGGAUGCUGGUGUAUUCUCUGUGAAAGUCAUAAGAACUGGAUACUUGGCGGAAUCUUCUUUUAUUGGUAUUAAGGUUAAUAGCAUCACAGCCACUGUUGGAAAGGAUUUUACUCUAAAUUCUGUCAACCUGCUUCAAUUUGAUCCAGGUGUAUCAGUGAAGAGCUGGAAUAUAGUAAUUGCCAAUGAUAGAUUGGAGGAAAAUGAGGAAAAGUUUGAAGUAUUACUUGUAUCUCCAGUGAAUGCAGUUCUUGGUACCAAGACAAAAGCAUUGAUCAAAAUCAUUGAUGCAAGAGGAGGUAAAACUCUUGAAAAUUCUAAUCACCUGAUGUGUAAAGUCCAAGUCACUUGUCAUUUGCCGUGUUCCAUAUUCUUUCUUUCUUGUGUUUUAGGAGGUUGUGGAGUUACAAUCGGUAAAAGUGAAGAGAAUCUGCCAGUCAAGGUGUUCAGUGACAGGGUUUCCCCAGAUGUUGCAAUCCUACCAAAUCUUGGAAGUGACCCUGUCCACGUUAAAGAAAUCCCAGUCACUUACUUGCACAAAGAACCGAAGCAGCCUCAAAGAGAUGUGUCACAGGAAUUCCCUCAGCAGCCUAUCCCCAAGAAGAAACUCGCAGUGAUAAGAAAUAAGAAAAUGGAUUAUUCAACCAUUGCUUUUGGAAAACGAUGCACUCCCAUCCUCAAAGGUCUCCUAUUCUAUGAUGAAAGUGACCAGAAACUGAUUCGAUGUAACGGAGUUUCUUGGAAGUCUUGGAAUCUGACAUUUGAGGAACAAAAUGCCAAAAGGUGUCCCUUUGGUUGGACCUUCCACAACAAUCACUGCUACUAUCUGAACACUGAGCACAAGGCAACCUGGACACGAGCAGCUCGAGCCUGCAAGGAGAUGCACCAUGGCAACCUUGUGAGUGUCAUCUCAAAACAGGACAUGGAGUGGCUGUGGGAUUUCAGUGGAAGGCGGCCUUUCUGGAUUGGCCUCAGUGACAGGAUCAGGCCAGGCAAAUGGGAUUGGGCUGGAGGAGAGCAAGUGUCAUUCACAAACUGGAAGCGAGGUUUCCCACCUGCAUUAAGGAAGAAAGGCAAGAACUGUGUCCUGGUGCGGAGAAGAGGAAAGUGGCAAGUGAAAAACUGCAAGCGGGGCAAGCCACAUUACUACAUGUGCGUCAUUCAUUAAUAAAUCAACGGUUAUUCAUGUUGGUGUCAAUAUAUGCACGUUGUAAUCAUAUAGUAUUUAUUUACUACAUUUGGAAGGGCACCCAAUACAGCAUUUAUAUUUUUACUGGUCUUAUCAUGGAUCUUGGAUACAAAUUGUAGCAGAAUAUAGAAAUGCAAUCAAAUUAGUUGUAACUAAUCGUAAUGCAUUAUACAAUGUAUUUCCCAUCAAUAAUUGUAAAGGAAGUAGAUAUUGGCUUAUACCGAAGAUAGACAUAAUACUGGAGUAAUUCAGCUGGUCAGGCAGCAUCUCUUGAGAAAAAGGAUGGGUGACAAUUUGAAGUAACCCCUGCAUUCUGUCUCUUUCCUCCCCCCCCCAACGUAGUCGUCCUACUAGUUCCCCUGUUUGCGUCCCUGUAUUCCUUCGAUAUCACCUCUUCCCCAGGCAAAAAUAGGUCCUUAAGGCUCCACCCUAACUUGGUCAUCUAUUACUGGCUCUGAUUAGUUCUGCCUUUUUCCUACCUCUAGCCGCCCCCCCCACCCCCCACCACCACUCUACAUUCAGUCUGGAGGAACGGUUCUGACCCAAAAUGUCACCCAUCCUUUUUCUGUAGAGAUGCUGCCUGACCGCCUGAGUUACUCCAGCACUUUGUGCCUAUGCCAGCAAUAAUUUUUGAAUUAAAUUGCUGGACCAAUUUUGGAUUUACUGGACCAAUUGUGAAAUUUAGUUGGGGAUUGUUCUUGACAGAUUUUCAACAUGUUUUAUUCUCAAUUAUUACAUAAGAGAUGUAUACAUUAACACAUGAGAACUUGUGAGGGUCAUAAAAGGCACAGUGGGGAUACAUUUGAGUGUGGCCAGUAUUUGAACAGUUUACUAAUAGUUUUAAUAAGCCACAUUCACAGAUGAGUUCCAUCCCUUCCAUAAGGUCUUUAAAGCAUGAAUCGCAUGUGGUGCUCUGACAGUGAUUUAUAUUUCCAGGUCAGUAACUUGGUGUGUAACUAUAAAACUGUACAGUGCCUGGUCAUAACCAUCACUGACACCCUUACUGCAGCCAGAAUAUCGAGACCUAUGUUUUUUACAGUUCUAUCUUCUUCUUCUUGCGUCCGGCAUGCACAGCCUAAAGUUGCAGGACAACUUGUUCAAUUUGAUCUUAUUUGAUUGCAUUCGUCGAAACAGGGCGGACCAUGUGAAGGUUGCAAUCUUUCCACCCCUGCAGUUCCAUAAACAGUCAGGGAGACUCAAUUAUUAUUUUCCCUCUUUCCUGUAAUCAUACGUAUAUCUAGGAAAACACAUUUAUUUAUUGGUGCAUAAAUAUAUCAUUUUUAUCACUUGACAUUGCAAACGUUCCUGUCGCAAGACGUCAGAUCACACUGAACCAUUCACCGCUGCGUAUUUUCUGCACCUUUGGGCACACAUUUUUUUCUGAUAAGAGGUGAUAAAUCAGGAGUCAUGAAAGCGCAAUUUUUGAUGAUGGUUUUGCCGCAAGUGACGCGGUGCACCAGGAUUAGUUCCCGGGAUUACACUUAGUAUUCUGUAAAACUUCCCAUACAUGACACGCAAGAGCCAAUACAAUCCAAUCCUAUCAAAAACCAGGGGUGGCACCAAAUCUCUGCUACCUAGUCUCUACAAAGAUGCAAUCAAAGAACAAAUUAUCCAAUGAAGGAUUGUUUUAACGCGUCUGUUCAAUAACUUCAGUGUCUGUCAGAGUUUUGCAAGUAACCUGUCUCCACUUUUCUUUAAGCAGAAUUUAUGUAAUCUGUAUCCUAAAGCCAAUGUCUCUAAUUCAAUGACUAUUUUUUAUUAUUUUCCAUUUUUCGUAUAUUUAAAUAAAAUUUUGAUGAAC